AUGGCGGGCCCUACAAUACUAUCCUCGCCCUCACCCCCUAGUGAGGAGGCCGGCACUAUCCUCUUGGAGACGGAACGGCUCAUCAUCCGCCGAUACUUCCUCUCCGAUGCCCCAGCCAUGGCCGAGACGGGCAACGACACCUUGGUCACGGCCAAUCUCCGAGCGGGGUUCCCAUCGCCAUAUAAACUAUCGGACGCUGAGGCCUUUCUCUCCACGGCGUGUAAGCCUGAUGGCACGGCCUACCCUUAUCACAACGGCAUCUUCGUCAAGCCCCUCACGGCGGACAACCCAUCCCCGGAGCCGCGCUUCAUCGGCGCCGUGGGCAUCAUUGCUAAGGGCGACGUCUACUUUCGGACGUGGGAACUGGGUUACUGGUUGGGUUCUGCGUCGUGGGGCAAGGGGUACGCAACUGAGGCGAUCGGGGCGUUUGUGAGGUGGUGCUUCGAUACGUGGCCUGGGCUAAACAGGAUCGAGGGGGAGGCAUACGGACGCAACGAGGCAAGCCAGAAGGUCAUGAAGAAGUGCGGGUUUGUUGAGGAGGGGACGAGGAGGGGAGCAGCGGAGAAGCUUGGGGUGCUGAUGGAUGUGGUCAACUUCGGAUUAUUGAGGAGUGACCUUGAGGGGGUGAAGGAGUUGGUGAGAGAUUCAUGA